AUGGCCAUGAGUUCGUAUAUGGUGAACUCUAAGUAUGUGGAUCCCAAAUUUCCUCCUUGCGAGGAAUAUUUGCAGAACAGCUACCUAGGCGAGCAGGGGGCCGAGUACUACAGUGCCUCGCAGGGCUCUGAUUUCCAGCACCAGGGACUCUACCCACGGUCAAACUACAGCGAGCAGCCCUUUAGCUGUAGCAAUGCCCCAGGCUCUGCCGUGCAGCCGCGGGGUCAUGGACAGGAGCCAUCCGAGCCCUUCCCCGGCCAAGCAGAGCAUUGUCCACCGCCUCCAAUGCCCAACUCGCGAGCCUGCAGCCAGCAGCCGGCCCUCAAACCCCCAAACGGGUCAGCAGUUAAGCAGCCAGCAGUAGUUUACCCCUGGAUGAAGAAAGUCCAUGUUAACUCGGUGAAUCCCAAUUACAACGGAGGGGAACCUAAACGCUCCCGCACAGCUUACACCAGACAGCAAGUCCUAGAACUGGAAAAAGAAUUUCAUUUUAACAGGUACCUGACCAGGCGCCGCCGUAUCGAGAUAGCCCACACUUUGUGUCUCUCUGAGCGCCAGAUCAAGAUCUGGUUUCAGAACAGAAGAAUGAAGUGGAAAAAAGACCACAAACUGCCCAACACGAAGGGCAGGUCUUCUUCCUCUGGUUCAAACCCCCAUUUACAGACUGGUUCCAAGGACCAUCAGACUGACUUGACAACUUUGUAGAAGAGGUGAAAUUUUCCAUUUCAUCCUUCGCUUCUGACCAGUACUGUACAUAACUGACAUUGCCCAAGCAGAACCCGCAUGUAGCAGCUAAGGACUCGAGAAACUGUCAUCUUUCUUUAAGGUACUGUUGUAUAAAGGAGACAAAAUGACGCUACUUUGGACUUUAUUUUAUUUGCCUCUGCUAGCACAACCUGAAAAAGGAAAAAAAAAACAAGGGGGGGGGGAGGAGAAACAUCGUGCAGGCAGUGGGAAUUGGGAAAAUAUUAAACGAGACCUUCUGUCCAUAAAAAGUAAUAAAUCAUUGAAAAUGAAACUGUCCUGUGUUUCAGUUUUGAGUUCGAAAGUGAAGGUUUAUUCUGGGAUUUUACUUUUAAUUGUCUUUUUAUCCCAUGCAAUUUCAGGAGGAUGCGUUUGGGCAAGUUGAGGACAGGAAAUUUAUAGCAUAGUCUUUUAUUUGAACAUAAAGACUAGUAAUUGUGAACUUUUUGUGCUGCUUUACCUUUCUCGGUGUAAAGAAAAUACAUGCUAAUUUCCAUAACGUCUCAGACGAUGUGCAUAGGCAUUAAGUGAAAACGGGUUAUUUUAUGUACUGAUAGUGUUAGCGUAUUUAUUUAUUUGUUAUGUAGAAGUGUG